AACACAGAUAAUACCAACCCCAGGAACAUAGAUAAUCUAAUACCUAUCAUAUACUCCAUCAUAACCUUAAAAGCGAUUACGUCAAUGUGUCCGCAGGUUACGUUCUUGUUAAAAGAAAUUAUACAGGUAUAUGACGAGAACUACUAGUUGGCACUUUUUAAAUCUCAUAAUGGUAAAUUUAAGUAAAUCACAAGUUAAACAGGAUUCUAAGAAAAAACGGGUUACAUUUUCAGUUUGUACGGAUAAACGUGAUGGUUAUUCGAAAGAACCGACGCAGAGGCCAAAUGAAUUGUCAAAUAAGUUACCAAAGUACAUGGACGAAGACUGUGAACAUGGUAAUGAAUCUCGGAAAUCUGAAAUUGUUUCUCACAAAAACACGGGAAUAUCAGAUGCAGUGAAUAUUUUAAGUAAAGGAUAUGAUGUCAAGAAAACUUUGGUUAGAAAUGUCGAACAGGCUUUACCGCGGCAUUGUGCACUUGUAAGAGGAAGACCGCAUCCUUCCAUUCCAAUAGAUAUCACACAUAACAAACUUGGGACAGAUAUAAAAUCUAGUUACAAGAGCAAAUACGCUUCACCAGAACUGUAUACAACAUUGUGUAUAGCAAAAGAAAUUCAGAAUACUGCAAGGACCGAUACAAAACCAAGUGGCUUUGCCAUUACUCCAGCAGUUAAACAGGUGUUGGAUGCAAAGACUUUAAAAAAGUUGAACUUUCCAUUUGAAGAGAAACUGUACAAAGACCUUAUCUCACUGACAGUGUGCAAUGAGGAACUCAUUGGAAAUGAUGGUAGGUCAGGGGGCCGGAGGGAAGUAGAAUUCAAACAGUGCAAGGACCAGGAACCUCAGCUGAAAGACUUCUGUGCCUUGUCAAAAGGAAAGGAAUACAAUAUGGUGGAGCAGCCAGUGCCCUGUGGAAUGAAGAGGAUAAGGAGAUACAAUGGCUUCACUUUAUAUGAAAGGAAUCAGAUAUGGUUUUGUGAUGAUUAAGGGUCAUUUAUAUAUAUUUACAGCAAAAAUGAUGAUGUAAAAGUUAACAUGAUAGUGAUGACAAGACUACAAAACAAUGUAUUUUGAAAAUAAUUUCAUUCUAAUAUAAACUGAUUUUUUUAUUUGGAUUGGAGUGCCCUUCCUUUUUCAGUUCCUGAGUGUCAGUAUAUUUGGGGCUUAGGUCUCAAAGUAGGCUCAUCUUGAUUGAACAAAGUUAACAUCGACCAGACUACACAGUGCAACAACCCAGAAGACGGAAAUCUUCAUACUCACCGCUGUGAGAACCUCAAGUCUUACAAGAUUAUUUCACUGGACUUGUCACUGCACUUAUGCCCACAUCACACUUUGGAUGCUAUAUAGCAGUUUUUUGAAAUAUCUUUCCCUUUUGAGUAUUUUGUAUGCACAACAAAAAAGUGAAUUUGUGGUGUAAUGUUGUGCUCAGCCAAGAAUUCCCCUAUGAAGAGCCAACUGUCACAAUUCACAAACUUGACUUCCAUCUUUUAGGCUGUUUCCAUUGAUGACGGAGAAUAUUAGAAUGCCUGAUUGGCUAUCAUUAACUGUUCCUCAGUGCAUAAUGAUAAUGGACGACCAGGAUAUACAUUCUUUGAUGGAAAUUAUUUUUGUGUGACCAAGAUUCCUCUACAAAUGCACCUCAUAUCCAUGACCAUCUUAUGAAGAUAGUUUCAUGUCAGACAUUUCACAAGUGAUGAGUGCUAUGAAUAUAAGUACUGUAUACAUAAUAUUUCACCCACAGGUAAUAUAGGGCAGAAACUUCCCUCCAGCUGUGAACAUCAGUUGAGUCUGUUCCUAUAUGGUGUUACCAAUGUAAAAUCCUAACAUUUCAUUUGAUGCUACAUAAUACUGCAGUGUUAAAUAUCAGUAACAAAACUUACAAAUUUGAGACCACAGUAUCUGGCUGUGCAAGAAGGGUACAAAUAAUACAUGCUAACAUAUUUAAACAUUUUUAGUCUUUAUAAUAUAUACUAUUGAGCAAAUGACUUCAGUGCUGUUUCAGGAACACAAACAUAGUUCAAAAUAGGCCAAUACAAAGUAUGCCAAACAUUAAAAUUAGCAUCUUAGUCCUUACAUAUAACAUACUAUAUACAUUUUCUAUCAUAGAUGUAACAUUUCUACAUGAACCAGUGUACUGAACUUUGAAUAUGUGCAUUUUUUUGUGGAAAUAAAGUUUUGUUAUGCAAAAAUUUA